AUGAAAAAAAGAGUCAGAAUUAAUUCACACUAUACAUUUCAAGUAGAGGUGUUCACCUCCCCACUGGGCGAUGAUCAGUUCAGGCUGUUGCCUAUGGGUGUACCGCGCACCGGCGUUUGUGAGGGUCUUCGGUAUUUGUACACCAAACAGGUGCAGCCGUCGGUUAUUCAGGGGAAACACACCAAUUUCCCUUUUGUGCCUGAGGAGGGUCUUUGUCCUAUACCGAAAGGUGAAUACUUCAUAAAAAAUAUAGAGUACGACACCGAUUCUUGGCCAAAUCAAAUACCGCGUGGCGUUAUUAAAACAGUAAUAACAUUUUUCAAAGACGGGGUAAAUAUUGGCGGCUAUGUAAUACGUAUGCUCGUAGAAGAUCGUGAAUGA